ACGAUAUUACUUUUCAACUUGUAAUAACUCGAAUAAGUACAUGUGUGUGUGGGUGUGUAUCAGUUGGAAAAGUUUUUUUUUGUCUUCGUCGUUAGAUAGUGACUAGUUUGUGAUACCUAAGUAAUGUGCGUUUGUUGAUGUGCCCCCUCGUGUAUAUGUGUGUUGUUGUAUAUACCGAUAGCAAUACAGAUCGCGAGUGUCGACCGGGAGAGCUGCCGAAGAGCAGCAGCAGUGUACCCGUCGAAAAUCGGAGCAGUAUUUUUCUAUCUUACCGAGAAGGAGAAGAAAGUCUUGUUAGUGAUAUACCUUACAUAUAUAUGUCGCAGUUACGCAUCGCAACUGGCUUUAAUAGUCAUACAGUUGGUGCAAGAAAUAGGCCGAUAAGAGGAGCAACGCGGUCAAUGAUCGCAGUGACAGCGAACUACACAAUCGGGGGUCUCGAACCCCGACCCGCCAGAUAGUAGCUGUAGCUCUCGAGGAAACCACCGCGCCGACCACCGCCAACCAGAGGCCAGACCCAGUAAACCAAAUCGAGGGGCUCUCGUGUGUAGAAGUGAGCUUUUUUGGCGCAGAGACAGCAGUACGAGCGCAACACGACGUCGUCAACGGAGAAGCAGAAGAAGCCGACGACAAGCGCGGCAGUCAUGGAUUUUUUGAGACGCUCGUUUCGGCGUACGGGUCGAAUCGGACCCCACGGCCAGAGACGAGCAGCCACGAUGUACGUGGUCGAGCCGACGAGCAACGGUGACGUCUCGCCAAAGUCGUAUCACCCUCGCGAGGCGCAGCAGCUUUAUCAACAGAUGCAGCAGCAACAACAACAACAACAACAACAGCAGCAACAACAACAACAACAACAACAAUCGCAGCAGCAGCCACAACAACAACAGCAACGACGUCAUCAUCAUCGCUCGCACGGCAAGUCGUCGAAAAAGCACGUAGAAGUAGUGGCCGAGGCCAAAGCCGAUCAAGCCGCUUCGGAGCGCGGCGGUACGCACAUCGCCACCACGGUCAAAAACACCGUCAGACGGUUGCUGAGGAGGACCAAGAGCCACAGGGAAGCAGCACCGAUGCCUAUGGCGACACCCACCCCACCAUCGGCCAGGCGAGCCUCGUCCAGGAUAUCGAACUCGAACACCGACACCAAUAGCGAGGCGACGACGAUAUGUGCCUCGGAACAAGUCGUGCCUGAGGAGGAGGCGGCAACCGUGCUAGUAAAUCCAGCCGUGGCGAAGGUCGCCAAGGACGACAAAGCAGCCGAGAAGAGAGACGACGCCGCCCCCGCUGAGCAAAGCUCCAAGUCGGACGAAUUCAAGGGCGUCGAGCUGAGGGUUAAAGAUACGAGAAGAAUUGCGAACGGCGACGUGAAACGCUCCAGCAGCGUUAGACAGCAGCAGCUGCUCAAGCAAGAGGCGCACAGACAACAAAAGCACGGACAAAAAUUAGUGAUAGACGCCGCGGCGAAAAACAAAAGUAAUCACAAAUCGGCGGUAACUAACCGAGACGUCGCCAGGCUCAAACAAGCUGCGAAGGCGCAACAAGCCAAGGCGGCCGAUGGCGUCAAUAGCACUACUGGUGGUGGCGGAGGCGGCGGCGGCGGCGGCGGUGGCAUUAGCGGAGGCACCGUCAGCGCCAGCGGCGGGGGCAGCAGUGCUCCGAGCUCGGCCAGGCUCUCGUCCAGGAGUCGGGUCAAUGAGGAGCCUCACAUCGGCAAGUACAAGCUGCUCAAGACUAUUGGCAAAGGUAACUUCGCUAAGGUCAAACUGGCUAAGCAUGUACCCACCGGCAAGGAGGUCGCCAUCAAGAUCAUCGACAAGACUCAGCUCAAUCCGGGCAGCUUACAAAAGUUGUUCCGUGAGGUGAGGAUAAUGAAGAUGCUGGACCACCCGAACAUCGUCAAGCUCUUCCAAGUUAUCGAGACAGAAAAGACUCUGUACCUCGUGAUGGAGUACGCCAGCGGCGGCGAGGUCUUCGAUUACCUCGUGCUGCACGGCCGCAUGAAGGAGAAGGAGGCGCGAGCGAAAUUCCGCCAGAUCGUCUCCGCGGUGCAGUACUGCCACCAGAAGAAGAUCAUCCAUCGCGAUCUCAAAGCCGAGAAUCUCUUACUUGAUAGCGAGAUGAAUAUCAAGAUCGCUGAUUUUGGCUUCAGCAACGAGUUCACGCCGGGCAACAAGCUCGAUACUUUUUGCGGUUCGCCGCCUUACGCAGCUCCCGAGCUCUUUCAAGGUAAAAAGUACGACGGGCCAGAAGUUGAUGUGUGGUCGUUAGGCGUGAUACUGUACACUCUGGUCUCGGGGUCUUUACCUUUCGACGGCUCUACGCUGAGGGAGCUACGCGAAAGGGUACUCCGUGGAAAGUAUCGCAUACCCUUCUACAUGUCGACAGACUGCGAGGCAUUGCUCAAAAAAUUCUUGGUGCUCAAUCCAACGAAAAGAGCCUCCUUAGAGAACAUAAUGAAAGACAAAUGGAUGAACACAGGUUACGAGGACGACGAAUUGAAACCGUACUUAGAGCCAGAGCCAGACUACAGAGAUCACAAGAGGAUAGGUGAGUCUGCCAAAGCACUAGCGAGUAUGGGCUACACACGAAGUGAAAUCGAGGACUCGCUCGAACAGGCGAAAUACGACGACGUCUUUGCAACGUACCUGCUGCUUGGCAGAAAAACUACAGAUCCGGAGAGCGACGGCUCGAGGUCGGGCAGUUCACUGUCAUUGCGCAACAUUCCACCCCAAGUUGGAUCGGGUGCGAGUGGAGGUGGCGCGGUUACGAGCGGUGCCGCUCAGAGUCCAUCGCACCGAACGGUACAUCGCAGCAUCUCGGCGAGCAAUCCGAAACCAAAUAGGCGAGCUUCGUCAGGUGGUGAAACGCUUCGAGGAGUUCCAAGUCCAGGUAAUACUACAAACCACAAUCACGCUACUGCUGUGACCGGUGGAACGGUUACUGGAAGUGGCGGUAGCAAUUUCAAACGACAGAAUACCGUGGAUGCAGCUACGAUUAAAGAAAAUUCAGCUCGAGCAGCUCGUGAAUCUGCUCGGCCGUCCGCGACCAAAAAUAGCCCUGGACAACUUGACACUAUGACAAUGUUCAUUCUAGGCGUCGGCACGAGUCCCGGCGGCAAGGCGACUAGCCGAGUCGGCAAGAGCAACACGAUGAAUCAAGGAGUACCUGGAAUAAGGUCGAGCAUGGUACAAGCUCCGGGAUCGAUCGGACGACGAAGUACCAUCUCUUACGAGCAAGCCAACAAAUCUUCGACGUCGACCGAGCGAACGAACGACGUGCCCAGCGGGGACGUAACGCGACCUCAUCAGCGUGGCCACACCAAGUCGGCAAGCAUCAGUACCUCGGCUGCGUCGGGUCAUCAUCACAGUAGUCACCACAGUCAUCAUCAUCAUCGUAAUACCACGUCCUCGACGCUAGGCGGUGGUCCCGGAUCUAUCGGCGCUGGUAAUACGGCCACCGGCGAGCCGACUCAAAUUCUGGAGCAUCAGCAAACGCGCAACUCUUUACUCGUCGCUUCUAACGCUGAUCCUCUCAGACAGAGCUUGGGUGUUACUCCAAGUAAUAGAUUGGCCACGCCGCAGACUCAACCUUUCCCAAGGAAUGUUCCCAGUCGUAGCACCUUCCACUCUGGACAAAAUAGGCAACAAAGAAAUCAUACUCAGGGUCACACACACACGCAGGACACGAAUGCAAUUAGCCCGCUAGCUAGGCCGUCCUUCUUUUCCAAGCUCUCAUCUAGGUUUUCCAAGCGCCCCAUGGACCCAUCCGUAUCCCCAAAGCACCCACCACAAGUAGUGAGUGCUGCGACUACUAAUGACGAACAAGUUAAACCACGCAGUUUACGUUUCACGUGGAGUAUGAAAACAACGAGCAGUAGAGAUCCACUAGAAAUUAUGUCGGAGAUUCGUAAGGUAUUGGACGCAAACGAAUGUCAAUACGAGCAAUUGGAGCGUUUCCUGCUCUUGUGUUCGCACGGCGAGCACGACAGCCAAGUUCAGUGGGAGAUCGAGGUAUGCAAGCUGCCGCGCUUGUCGCUGAACGGCGUGCGCUUCAAGAGGAUUUCCGGCACGUCGAUCGGCUUCAAGAAUAUCGCCAGCAAGAUAGCGAACGAGCUCAAGCUGUGACUGCCGGUUGCCGUGAGCGGCGACGAUCAUCGGCAUCCUCGUCCUCCCGCUGGCGUUGCUCGUCUGCCGAUAAGCAGUGCGGCCGCGGCGACGACUGCGGCUCCUGCCACCGGUCAAACUACUACCUCGAUCCCCACGGACACAACAGCAGCAGAAGCAGAAGCAGCAACAACAACAACAACAAUAACUACUACAACUACAACUACCACCACUACCUGCAGCGUCAGCGGCGACAGCAGCAGCAACGUCGUCGACGAAGACGAUGCCGACAAUCGUUCCGACAACAAGGACAACCAUAAAAAGGCUAAUACGACGACGCCAACGACGACAACGGCGACGGCGAGCGACGAUAACAGCGCGAAUGCCGAGAGUCAACCGACACGCGGUGUCGCUAACAAUGAUGAAGACGACGAUCAUCCAUAACUAGUACUGCUACCAACGGACGACGACGAGUUCAGGCUCUACUUUUACGAGCCCUAUCCGGCACCUUCCCUUUCGCUCACUACGACGUCCUCCUCCUCGUCCGCCUCAUCUGACACGAUAACAACCUCGUCACAAGAGAUAUUCGUUUGAAUUUUUGAACGGAGUCGGUUUUGCAAUGUAGAUUGUGUUAGGGGUAAACGACGAAGCGCAAAUCUUGAACUCUCGCAAGUUCUCGUUGAUACUGUGGCUAAGGCUGCGAUUCAUAAUUGUUAUAACGCUGAUCGCGCGCUCCAUUAUUAUAUGUACGAUAUAUAUAAGGUGCCAAAAUUCCCUCGGCAGCUGGACUGAAUAAUUAUUGACAUCACUCGAUGCGCGGGCGUAUGAUUAAGAUGGAAAAUAAAAAUUAUAUAUAUAUAUUAUAUGAGAUGUAAAAUGUGUAUUAUAAAAUGAAAAAAGAAAAAAAUGCGAGAAAAGAUGGUGCGGUACGCGGGUUUUUUAAUGGUUGAAUCAUACGCGUCGAAAUAACAAUGUUGAUCGAUAGAGCAAACGGCGCGCGACUAUUAUGGACGCGUGAACAUAAAAUAAUAUUAAGCUGUUGCCACAGUAUUAUAAUUACUAUGAAUUAUUAUAAACGCGAGUUUUCUCUCUUACUCAUUUGAAUGAGUUUUGUUGUAAAAGUGUACAUUGUUUAUCGAAGCUAAUGAGAGAUAUAGUGAAUGUAAAAUGAAUCAUAGAAAUGCGAGAGGAACUGAAGGCGAGGGAGAAAGAGUUGUGAUAAACGUGAAAAAACUAUAACCAGUGCAGAGGUGGUGAUCGUAUAAAGUGUCAACGGCAAAGACUAUGUGAAACUAGAUUGAAGACGAGACCAAUGUUAUCGUGUGCAAGUGCAGAGCCUUCGAUUAACAUAAAAAAUGUCAAAGUAAAAUUAAAUAAUGUUCAAGAUUACGUUAAAAAUGUAUGUGAUUUUCGACAUUUUUUAAAUUUUAUUCUGGCUGCAGAUUCGAAUAUUGUUUUUUUCGGCCGGAAGUCUACGAAAAACUGUACGGUGAUUGACGAUAAACUUCAAAGUAAUUUUAAAUAUUACACACAUACAUAUAUUCACAAAUAUAUGCAUACAUAAAUAUGUGUCGUUUGAAAAGUGUCGUCAAUGUUUCUUUAUUUAUUGUGAAUAAGGGCUAACACACAAACUUGCGAGAUGCUUAUGGGCAGAUGAUCGGUUGUCAGGAAUGAAAUUACGCGUCGUCAAAAGAAAUAUAAAUAUUUAUAGAUAUAUCAAGACACCAAAUCAUAUUUUUUAUUAAAAAAAGUAAAAUAAAUAAACGGUAUUGUAAUAUUAAAUGCCACUCGUGAGUCACCGACCGAACAUUUGAGUGUCUUGUUGUUAGUUCGAAAUCACUCGCGCGCCACAUGUUCUCUAAGAUCGUCGAUCAGCCUUUUUUCGAUCAUUUUUACAAUAUGUUUUACUUUUUAUAUUAAUAUAUAAACACACUAAAAAUACACUCUUAUAAGUAAACAAAAUUGGUAAGAAAAAAUGUUCGACGUUUAGUUUUAAAAUACGUAUGCAUUAAUAGUUCUCAUACUAGAAAAUUUAAAAGUUGAUGAUAAUAAUAAUAACAAUGAAUGAUCAGUUAUGAUUAUUCUCGUCACAUUAAUAUAAAAAUAUGAUAUAACUCUAUGAUAAUUAUAAAAUAAAUACGUGUGUGAGUAGUGCGAAAUACAAAACGAAUCUGAUGUAUAACGGACUAUGAUUGUAUAAAAAUAUCGAGACAAACGAUGAUGGUUUUAAAAUUAAAAAAUCGGAGAUGUAAUACAAUAAUAAAUGUAGAAUGAAAUGAGAAAACGUAGGUUCAUGUCUCGAAUGUGAUUUAAUAGUCGCAUCGAUGUAACGAUUAACGUAUAACUUAUAAAAAAAUACAUGUGCGUCUGUUAUGAAUGUUACAAGUGGACUGUGUGCGAUGUGGAUAGUGAAUCAGAUUUAAAGUGUCAAAUGAUUGUUAUUAAGUAGUUGAAAAAAAUUAAGAGGCUAAGAGCAAGUAAAAACGCACUUAUAGGAAACUAAAAAAUAAUUAUUACGAAGAAUUGCCACCAAGGUCUGCUGUUUCUACGUGAGAUUUAAAUAAUAAAUUUAGAUAUUAUAUAUAAAUAAACAAUUGGAUAUACAUGUAAUAUUGUAACUUUUAUUUCAUUCUGCGAUAAUAUCGAGAAAAAGUUUUGCAAAUAAACUUUUAAGAUUUAAAUGAAGCUGUAAAAGAAAUGAACGCAGAUACGAGUGUAAAUAGAAUAUAAUUUAAUAAAGGUACUAGUUUAAAAAUGAAAUCAUGUUUAAUAAAAAAAAUAAAAGUAUGAUUGUACAAUGUGUACCAUUUGAAUAAAUGUUGUAACCUUGUUUAUGUCUGGGAGAAUUUUAUCUUGGGCUCAUAAUUUUCACAAAGAUAUCAAAGUUCUAUUGCCUAACAACUGAUCAAUUAAUCAACUUUGUUACUGUUAGAGAGACUAAUUUAUUCACACGCUCUGUAUAAGAUUGAUUUUUUUUCAUAUUUCUUAUAUAAGUACAUGAUAAUAAACUUGCUACAGAUGAUCAAUUUCGAUGAAAAUUUAAAUAAAUGAAGCGUACAACCUUAUUCACUCUUAUAAGGCACAGCGCUGGGCAUCGAUAAUCGACUGAUAGAAUCUAAAAUAUCGGAUCCAGCAUGCUGUGUCAAAUAAGUUAUCGGAUUAUUGAUCAUUUUAUGAUAAUCUGUCAUUUCUGAUACAUGAUACAGAGUGAUAAUUGUAUCGGAGGCACUGAAAUUUCUUUUCAUUGUCAAUGGCUAAGACAACGUCAACAUAAAAUUCGUACUUGAAGCGUUACAUAUAAAUAUUAUUUACAUGUCUCGUGCAUAUGAAAUCACACGCUACACAUACAAGUUACAUAAACCUUUUUUUGCAAUCAAAUGUAGUUCCGAUUUAAGACUUGGACAAAUUGAAACUAUGUAAUAUAAUAACAUAAAUCGCGAUGAGACUAAUUAUGUCAAAUACAUUUUUCGAAUUCCUUGUUAAUAAUAAUAAUGAAUAAUAUAUAGAAACAUUGUAAAGCAUCUUUGGUAGGCAAUUGUAAUGCGUCGGAAGCAAAAAAUUAAAGAAACAAUUACUAACAAAUUCUGUACAUCGUCUUGUAAGAGCAGAGGUGAAAUUAAUAUUCAAGGUGUUAUUACGUGCGAUCUCUGUAAAUUGUCACUGUUGUAGUCGAUAUUAUUAGUGGUAAAUUAAUAAGACCCCAAGUAAUGCGAAAAAAGUACAUAAAACAAAAAGUCCCUAACCACUUUAGUAGGUAAAUAAUACAUAUAUACAUAUUGUUAUUCGAAAAAAAGUAAAACUACCAUGCAAAUCAGCUUUGGAUGAAUGUCUGGAUAAAUGUAUAAAAGUUACAAAGUAAAAUACUUAUAUCCAAGAAAUCAUCUGAAUGACACUUGUUAAUUUCACAUGGAAAUAACAUAAUAGGAUGGCUGGGUAAAGACAAUAUUGAGAAAAAAUCGUUAUCUAGCCUCGUUCAAUCAAGUGAAGUAUAUCGAAAAAUUUAUCCUUUGACAUUGUUCACAUUUUAAGUACAAGAAACAUUUUUGAGGAGAAACUUCAAUCAAAAAAUCGAGAAAAUUGACAAAACACUCAAACGUUCUUUUGUUUGUAGAUAGGUAUGCGAGUAAAAAAAAAAA